UUCAAUUGGUUUACUACAUUCACAAGGUGGACCGUGUCACGGACGUGGCCUCUGCACCGCUCAAAAACCUCAAUCCUCCAUCAUCCUUCCUCUCUGCAACUCGCACGAAAAUGGCAACAAAACUGUUAUCCCCACCACACCCACACCCUUACCCUUUCUCUUUAUAUUCUCUUCCUUCAAAACUGAGCUUCAGAGACUCGACCCAACACCGACCAUGGCUGCGGCGAGUUCGAGUUCCGGGAAGACCCCAGAGGAUGUUUGUCGGCGCCUCUUUGCAGGAUUCUAUAUUAUCUUCUUCAUCAUAUGCUCUGGUGGAGCAUCUGCAACAUCAUUUCGGUCAAAACCCAGACUCCAUUUUCUUGCUGGCGGAGAGCGUGGGGUAUUCAUUAGCUAGCUACUAUACUUCUCUGGGUCUCUUCGUUAUCUCUGUGCCCGGUCUCUGGUCCCUUAUUAAACGCUCUGUUAAAUCCAAGAUUGUGCAGAAGGCAUUCAUAGGCGAAGGAGAUGAGAAGAAGGCACCCAAUCAGGUUGCAGGAGAAAUCUUAUCUUUUUUCACCCGCAACAAUUUUACCGUCAUCGAUAGAGGAGAGACAGUCACGUUUGAGGGGAUGAUGGUUCCUAGCAGGGGCCAAGCAGCAUUGCUCACAUUCUGCACCUGCAUUAGCUUGGCUAGCGUUGGUCUUGUGCUCACCAUAACUUUCCCGGAUGUGGGUAACAAUUGGUUCUGGAUCACAAUUCUUAGUCCCUUGGCAGGGUUAUAUUACUGGAAACGAGCAUCAAGAAAGGAACAGAUCAAGGUCAAGAUGAUGGUUGCAGAAGACGGGACCCUGUCCGAGAUCAUUGUUCAAGGGGAUGACCAGCAAGUUGAGCAAAUGAGGAAGGAGCUUCAGCUUAGUGAAAAAGGAAUGGUCUAUGUCAAGGGCAUCUUUGAAAGAUCAUGAAGAUCACAAGAGAGUCGACCAGUAGCCAUAGGAGGCUAGGAAAUGACACGGUUUUCCUCUGUAUGCCACCAAAUUUUGAGAUGCAAAGCUAUAGAUAUUCACAGUAUAAACAGAUGCCAUGCCAGUAUUAUUCUCUAGUUCAAACUUAAUCAUCCAUAUUGUCAAGAAUAGAAGCUCAUGUCAAAAUCUAGCUUCCCCAACUUAUUUAGUUAAGUUUCAAGGUAGGUACAGAAUAAGAGCAAUGAUUAGACUAUGCUGCAAUUUUUAAAGAUCCUAUUUCAGUUGAAAGGGAAUGAUUUUGUAUAUUGGAACUAUGCCUCAUAAAUGCCAUGGUGUACCGUCCUCACAGACA